AAUGAAACACGCGCCCGUCGGCGGCCCCUUCGAGCACACGCCCGCCAUCUGCCCAGCGACUCGCCAGCACACACACCACGGCUCCCGCUAACGACACCGGCUCCAAGACAUAUCCAAAUACAAAGUGAUCUCGUGAUUAUAGAGUAUUACGCGCAUUCGGACGUAACAUUGUUGUACAAUGAGCAUGGCGGGGCACCUCCUGAAGAGCCUGCUGGUGCUGUGCAGUGUGGCCGGCAUGUGCCGCAGCGGGACGGCCGCAGAAAACGACAACUCCCUCACUAUCCCGGAGUACAUCCUGCCGUGCAGCCGGAGUGACCCGCAACUGGACGCGUGCGUGAAGCGGUCGUUCAACCACCUGCGGCCGUACCUGGCGCGCGGGCUGCCCGAGCUGGGCGUGCCGGCCGUGGAGCCGCUGCUCAUCGACCGGCUCGUCAUGGCCAACGACGCGGGCCCCGUGCGCGUCACCGCCUCCUUCACUAACAUCACCGUGCUCGGCCCCAGCAACUACACCGUCACUAAGAUCAGGUCGGACCUGAGCAAGCUGCGAAUCGAUAUGGGGCUGGUGCUGCCGCGCAUCGAGAUCACGGGCCGCUACGAGGUGUCGGGCCAGGUGUUGCUGUUCCCCGUGCGCUCGCAAGGAGACUUCUGGGCCGCGUUCAUUGACGUGGCGGCCAUCGCAAAGGUGUUCGGCAAGGAGAUCGAGCGCGACAACGUCAAGUACAUGGCGGCGGACCGGCUCCUCGUCGACUUCAAGCUGCGGAACUCUCGCUUCAAAGUGCGGGACACCGUCAACUAUGGAAGCGUCAUCGGCGAAGCCAUGAACCAGUUCCUGAACAACAACGCGGCGGAGAUCAUCGAGGAGAUGCGGCCGGCGGCCAGCGUGGCCAUCGCCAAGCACUUCCAGGCCUUCCUCAACGCCGCCUUCACCAAGGUGCCCAUCGACGUCUGGCUCAAACCUUAGUGCAGUUCGUAUUUCACUUUACAUGCCCAUCAAGUGACUUAAGGGCUUUAAGGGGGCAUGACAUAGUCAGAUCUGAUAAUUCGUUACCUAUUGCAUUCAAUUGUAGGCAUUCAAAGGAAAAUUAUUCUAAGCAUCGAACAAUGAUGAGUGUAUUUUCCGAACUCUUACAAUAUUUCAAAUGCAGAUAGAAAAUUUCCAGGUUUAUAACUUUUGAAAUCUGAGAAAUUUUCUGUUGAGGCUAGUCCAAAGAAAAUUUUGAUUCUUUCCCUAUAAUUGUAUCUACUACAUAUUUACUUUAAAAAAGUUUAAUUGCUACAUAUUUCCACCAUAGAUGUACCUACUCAGGUUCAGAGCAUGAAUUCGACAGGGUGUGUUGGGUGAAAACUUCGAAAUACUUAACAUGUUGAUAAAAAGAGGCAGAACCACGAUUAAGACCUUUAUUUGUAAUGCAUUUAAAUGAGUAAAGUACAAACAUACCUAAAUUAGGUAUCUGACCAUAUAUAAAACGUACUUCAUAAUUAUUCAUUAUUCUUCGUAAUUAUUACAAGAAUAGCCGAAACUCUCGAAUAUUGCCAUGAUACCUCUUAAUUUUGCAAAGACGAAUAUGUUAAACACUUUUUAAAUAUGUUCACAAAUACAGUUUUAUUCAUUCGAGUGUUUAUUGUAGGCACAAAAAUGUAAAUGGCAAACGACUGUAUUCUAAAAAGGGCAUUGACAUGUUGUUGUCCUUGGAUAAUAAGUAUUAUUUAUUAUAGUAUCCUAGUAAAUACCUAAAUUAGUGUAGUAGGUUGUAAGUUAUGAAUAAGGACAAAAUAAAUGUAAGUUACACUCUUAAGAAAAUGUAACUAUUUUGUCAGCUAAUUGUUAGGGAUACUUUUUUAGUUGUUGUAACUAAAUAAUAAACAAACAAAAAAGAAUUGAAA